UUCACUGCAGGAAUAAUCAGAACCAAUAUUUUCUUAACAAGUAGCUUUGUGAACUGGAGCAGCAUUUUCCCAGUCCUGGUGUGUAACCAUGGACCUAUGGAGAGGCAAACUUAGAGCAGGACUCUGCUUUGUGUUGCUCAGAGAUUGGGCAUUGCAGAAGUCAUUUUCACAUCUCUAAAGGCAAGAAGACACAAUGAGGCGAGUGGUACGACAGAGCAAAUUUCGGCAUGUGUUUGGGCAAGCAGUGAAAAAUGACCAGUGUUAUGACGACAUCCGGGUUUCCCGUGUUACCUGGGAUAGUUCCUUUUGUGUAGUAAACCCCAAAUUUGUUGCAAUAAUCAUAGAAGCUAGUGGUGGUGGAGCGUUCCUCGUGCUGCCCUUGCACAAGACAGGCAGAAUUGACAAGUCGUACCCAACAGUAUGUGGUCACACAGGACCGGUGCUUGACAUAGACUGGAGUCCCCAUAAUGAUCAGGUCAUUGCCAGUGGUUCUGAGGACUGCACUGUCAUGGUAUGGCAGAUCCCAGAGAACGGACUCACUCUCUCCUUGACGGAGCCUGUGGUAGUUUUAGAAGGCCAUUCAAAAAGAGUUGGCAUCGUUGCUUGGCAUCCAACUGCACGCAAUGUGCUGCUCAGUGCAGGUUGUGAUAAUAUAGUCAUCAUCUGGAAUGUGGGAACAGGUGAAGCCCUUAUAAACCUGGAUGACAUGCAUCUGGACAUGAUUUACAAUGUGAGCUGGAAUCGCAACGGCAGCCUGAUCUGUACAGCUUCUAAAGACAAAAAAGUCCGAGUGAUUGACCCUAGGAAACAAGAAAUUGUUGCUGAGAAGGAGAGGGCCCAUGAGGGAGCGCGGCCCAUGAGAGCCAUCUUCCUCUCCGAUGGCAACGUCUUUACCACCGGCUUCAGCCGCAUGAGUGAACGGCAGCUCGCCCUGUGGAAUCCUAAAAAUAUGGAAGAGCCAAUAGCCCUGCACGAAAUGGACACCAGCAAUGGGGUGCUGCUUCCAUUCUACGACCCGGACACCAAUAUCAUUUACUUGUGUGGCAAGGGUGACAGCAGCAUUCGCUACUUUGAGAUCACCGAUGAAUCCCCAUAUGUCCACUACCUCAACACCUUCAGCAGCAAAGAACCGCAGAGGGGGAUGGGGUUCAUGCCAAAGAGGGGCCUGGAUGUGAACAAGUGUGAAAUCGCCAGGUUCUUCAAACUUCACGAGCGGAAGUGCGAGCCCAUUAUCAUGACGGUCCCCCGAAAGUCUGACCUUUUCCAAGAUGACCUGUAUCCUGAUACGGCUGGUCCUGAAGCAGCUCUGGAAGCUGAAGAGUGGUUUGAGGGGAAGAACGCUGAUCCCAUUCUCAUUUCUUUGAAACAUGGGUACAUUCCAGGCAAAAACAGGGAUCUCAAGGUGGUCAAAAAGAACAUAUUGGACAACAAGCCUGCAGCAAACAAGAAAAGCGAUCUCAUUAACACCCCAAAGAAAGCAGCAGACACCUCAAAUAUUCAAAACGAAGCCAAAUUGGAUGAGAUUUUGAAAGAGCUUAAAUCUAUAAAAGACACAAUCUCCAAUCAAGAUGAGCGCAUUUCCAAGUUAGAACAGCAGAUGGCGAAGAUGACGGUUUGAGAGCAAAGGGAGCAGAACUUUAAGCUGGAGCAGGGCUGGGGCGGCACUGCCGUUCAAGAAGACAUUCCAUUUCAGAAGUUCGUCAAGCAGCAGCGUGCAGCAUUCCAAUAAGAACUUUAUUAUUCUCCUAAAUUAACUUCAGCGAAAGCCGAUGAUUAAAAGCCGAGCUUUUUAGUGAACAAUUUUUCUGAUGUUUUAAUGUGUUACGUGACUUGGUCAAAAUUAAGUCAAAAGAAUAAGUGCUACUUUUACAAUUUGUUUCCAGAUGUUAUGAAUUUUUGAAAACAAACUAUUCUGACUUUCAGUGUUGUGCCCAAUUAUCCUUUUAUAGAAUUAGGGACCAACGCCACAUUGUUCUUAGCCAUUUUUUUUAAAGUUGCCAAAAAAAAAAAGUAGCCUUUUAUUUUUCCUAUUUGGCACUUUGCAGUAUUUGUUU